CUCACACAGGGAGACUUCAGGGAGACUUCAGGGAGACUUCAGGGAGACUUCGGCAGUACUAAAACUAUGUCAAAAAAGGGAAGGAUCGUGUUCUACGAGGACAAGAACUACCAGGGCCGACGCUAUGAGUGUGACAGCGACUGCACCGACUUCCAUUCCUACCUGAGCCGCUGUAACUCCAUCAGGGUGGAUAGUGGUACCUGGGUGGUCUACGAGAGACCCAACUACACCGGCUACCAGUACAUCCUGACCAGGGGAGAGUACCCUGACUACCAGCGCUGGAUGGGCCUCAACGACCACGUCUGCUCCUGCAAGAUGGUUCACUUUGCUAGCGGUAUCCCCUACAAGCUGCAGCUGUACGGGAAGGGAGACUUCGCGGGCCAGGUGUUCGAGGCCACUGAGGACUGCCCCUCUGUGCUGGAUAAGUUCCACUGGCGCGAGGUGCACUCCUGCAAGGUGCUGGGCGGCUGGUGGGUCUUCUACGAGCACCCCAACUACAAGGGGCGGCAGUACCUCCUGGAGAGGGGCGAAUACCGCAAGCCGGUGGACUGGGGCGCGGUGUGUCCCAACGUCCAGUCCUUCAGACGCCUCACUGAGUAACCAGGGUCUAGAGUUGUCCCUCUCUCGCCCGCCCAAUCCCAUCCCUCCUGCCCAAUGCUCAAUCACGUCAUCUACUACCAUUCUCACCACCAACCAAUGAGCACCCAAGAGAUGGACCUACCACUGAGCCACCACCACCCAACAGAU